UGUUGCCCAGUCUACGAUUGCCAUACAUGAUGACGUCAUCAGCAUUAUGCAAAUCAAUGCGUUAUAUUCAUUAUGUCGUGAAUAACAGCUCUGGCUUGCUGCUAUUGGUGAUAUCUGUCGAGAGAUACCGAAAAAUAUGCCAUCCAUUUAAAACCCAGCUGACCGCCAGACAAACGCUUUAUUUAUGUUAUGGAACUAUUUUCUUUAGCGCAUUCAUAGCCAUUCCAGCAGGUGUGUUAUACGGUGCAAGUACAAUAGAGACGGGAGUAGAGAAUGUAACAGGACGCCAGUGUUACGUUGAUGACGAUCUCGAUCAAAAAGUAUUAUUUGAAAUCUACCAAAGUGUCCUUAUGGCUGAAUCAGUGAUAAGUAUUGUUAUAUUUUUAGUUUUGUAUGCGUUUAUCAUUCGGAAACUUUGGAUAAGUGAUCAAUUUAUCCAGGCCAUGAGAAACAUGCAAAUUCGUUCAGCAAGUAAUACCAGCCAUGAAACUUCUUUUUCGACAGACUGUGACCGAGAUGGAGACGGGAUAGAUUCAAGUUACACGAGUAAUCCGACUAGUCUAACCGGAAGUAAAGAUACACAAGCACCAUUCGUGAAAAAUGGUAAUAAUUUACGGACAAUGCUUGAAAGUGAUGUUACUAAUAAAAGUUCCUCCAGUCAAUCAUUAAACACCGGAAAUGGAGUAAAUGAAAAACGGCCACGAGGAAAGGAAAAGUCAUUAUGGCGAAUGUCACGUGAACUCUUCAAAAGGGGAGAUAACUCGAACAGAAAACCUCGUCUAGCAAGAGCUGCAUCGGAUACUAGACUAAACAAGGUGAAAGACACGCGUAUGCAAAACACCAACAAAUUUUCUACACUCACUCCAGCAGAACGGUUAGUAAUGGGAAAAAUGCUUGAAGGGAAAAAACAAUCUCUAGAAAAACAAAAAACGAGUAGGCCAAAACAUAUGAAAACAACCGCACGAGUAACUCUUAUGUUAUUCACCGUUUCCAUGGUGUUUGUCGUUUCCUUCAUUCCCCAUCUAGCUCUUAUGAUAGCAACAGUUGAGAAAGAAGGUUUUCUGGAAAAUAUGAAUGAAGGUGAAAUGAUGGCUUAUCAAGUGUUCCUUAGGAGUUUCAUUUUGAACAAUGUUGCUAAUCCAAUUAUUUACUUAUUUUGUGAAUCCAAGUUCAGACACGAGUCUAGAGAAUUGUUUAGGAAAUGCUUUUUGUGUCGUUCCAAUAAAGGAUAGAAACGAACGUCAAAUAAUUGACUCAAGAAAGAGAAUAUAGAAAGAAAUAAUUGAAGAAAUAUCCGAUUCUUAAAAUGUUGGGAAAUUCCUUGCUUGUUUUAACAAUUAGUAAUAUUACCCAGAGAGACAACUGGACUUGACCUUUGCCAUUCCUUUUUCACUCAUUUCACCAUGGUUUUUCUCAAGUUUAACAAAUAUUUUUGUAUACGUACUUGAUGUUUUACACUUAACAGCUCUUUAUAAUGUUUAAGAAUACUUUCAUUUCAAAGUGCUUUUUUGGCUUUUAACUAUUCAACUAUGAUAAACAAAAGUAAAAUCUUGUUUUCGCUUUGAUAUAAAUUUAAGAAAUAGUUUCUAAAUAAGUUGCAUUUAUCACAGUUUAUUCUGAAAGUAUGGACUGUCUGCAAUUUUCACGAUUGUGCAGUAUCGUCCUGGACAAGAUCAUUUUGCGGUUUGUUCUGUCCAUUUUUUUCAACGACAAGACUGGUUGUUAGUGGGUACGUUUAUUAAAAUAACAAAAUUUCAAAGGCCCAUGCCCAUAGUUGUACAUCCGUGCAUUAGCUUUUAACACAAGAGGACACUUUGUCCCAGAAUAGAAUUCAGUAACUGUCGGGACUGGAAUCCCUGUCUUAAAGGGACUCCACUGAGGUUUUUUUUGACAUGAUGGGACUGUAAAUAAUUUUUCAAGAUUAAUGUUCGGUUUAAUGUAGGUCUGAACCAUUUACUUGAGUGCGAAAUUUCAGAUCAUUCGCUCACUCCGUUUUUCCAGAAUAAUGAUUCUAAUUGUUAACAAUUACAAAAACUUGUAAAGCGUUGCAACGCUUUUCACUCGAAUUGGGCUAGGAAUAGCACAAAUAUACGAUUUUUUGUACUUAUUUCUGGGUAUGAUUCUUAAUUAUUUUUUGUAUAUCUUUCUGUAUUGAAUUCCCCAGCUGAUGUAUGUAAGAAAUUAAGAUUUUAUGUUUUGAGAUUCUGUUCCAAACAUUGUGUAGGUUAUGGGUUAAUGGUGGUAUUUAAAAUGUUAUGCAUAACAUGACUGUGCAACCGGAUCAGUGCACAUAUCUACUUCCAGUCUCGGCGUGCCAAAUACUGCUCUGUUGACUCAAAUUAGUAGCCCGUGGUUCUAUGAUAUCACGGUACGUCACGUUUAUCGGAAUAUAUUGAAAUACAAAAAUCAUUCAUGAAAGAGUCUUUUUCUAUUUUAUAAUUGAUCCUUUUCCAAAACUGGUUUCUAAAAAUUGAUGUUAUUAAAAUCUUUUGGACACAAUAACAGACCGUUCAAAAUGAAAAAGAGUGGAGCACUUGUUAAUUUUAAGUGUUUAGCAGGGCACAAGUUUAGGUUUUGGAUGACCAUUAUUGAUCAUGCUUAAUACCUUAGUUGAACCAGAGACAUAGAUAACAUCUACAUAUCUGGUUGAACAUGUCCAUCUUUCACUUUGGGCAAAACUAUUUAUCAUUCAAAAUAAUUAUUGACUAAAGUGCGAAAAGUGCAGACCACGAUCAGACGGACGUGCAAGCUGAUUAAAGAUCUGUGCUACAUGGUCGCAUUGGUUGAAUAUGUUGCCUGUAACAUAAUAUACAUGUAGUAUAUUAUAAGGAUAAGCGUCACAGAAACGCUUUAAAAUUGAAAUAAAAUGUAUUUUGUCAAUCCUAGCAGAUAUAUUUAUUAUAAUAUAUAUUAUAAAAGCCGGUUUAUUUUUGCUAACUAAAAUACAA